AUGGGCGUCGUCACCAGCUGCUGUGAUCCUUGCUUCUCGUCGCGCAAGUCGCAGAGCUACGAGCCGCUGCUGCUCGAGAACGAGCGCGAGGCGGUGGCAGACCUGUUGCAGUACCUCGAAAACCGGACGACGACCAACUUCUUCACGGGGUCGCCACUCUCCGCGUUGACCACACUCUCCUUUUCAGACAACGUCGACCUCCAGCGCAGCGCGGCGCUCGCCUUUGCGGAAAUCACAGAAAAGGAGGUCCGCCCCGUCGGCCGCGACACGCUCGACCCCAUCCUCUUCCUCCUCUCCAGCCAUGACACUGAGGUCCAGCGGGCCGCCAGUGCCGCUCUGGGCAACCUGGCCGUGAACACCGAGAACAAGUUGCUCAUCGUCAAGCUUGGCGGUCUGGAGCCUCUCAUCCGCCAGAUGCUCAGUCCGAACGUGGAGGUGCAAUGCAAUGCCGUCGGCUGCGUGACCAACCUCGCGACGCACGAUGACAACAAGACGAAGAUCGCCAAGUCCGGCGCGCUUGUGCCUCUCACGCGGCUGGCCCGCUCGAAGGACAUGCGUGUGCAGCGCAACGCUACCGGUGCCCUUCUCAACAUGACCCACUCGGACGAGAACAGGCAACAGCUCGUCAACGCCGGCGCCAUCCCGGUCCUCGUCAGCCUUCUCAACUCGCCCGACACCGACGUGCAGUACUACUGCACAACGGCGCUCAGCAACAUUGCUGUCGACGGUGCCAACCGUAAGAAGCUGGCGCAGAGCGAGCCCAAGCUCGUGACAAGUCUGGUGCAGCUCAUGGACAGUCCGAGCUUGAAAGUUCAGUGCCAGGCUGCUCUGGCCCUGCGCAACCUCGCCAGCGACGAGAAGUACCAGCUGGAAAUCGUGAAGGCGGACGGCUUGCAACCACUUCUCCGGCUGCUCCAGUCAACAUAUCUUCCCCUCAUCCUCUCCUCGGCAGCAUGCGUGCGCAACGUCUCGAUUCACCCGCAGAACGAGUCGCCCAUCAUCGAGUCGGGCUUCCUCCAACCACUCAUCAACCUUCUCUCCUUCAAGGAGAAUGAGGAAGUUCAAUGCCACGCCAUAUCCACCCUUCGCAACCUCGCCGCAAGCUCUGAGAAGAAUAAGCUCGCGAUCGUCAAGGCGGGCGCCGUGCAGAGCAUCAAGGAGUUGCUGCUCGAAGUGCCGAUGAACGUCCAGAGCGAGAUGACGGCCUGCGUUGCUGUACUCGCUUUGAGCGACGAGCUCAAAGGACAGCUAUUGGAGAUGGGCAUCUGCGAGGUUCUCAUCCCGCUUACGAACAGCCCGAGCUCGGAGGUGCAGGGCAACAGCGCCGCGGCGCUCGGGAACCUCUCGUCCAAGGAUGGACGCACUGCGACGGACGAUUACUCUGCAUUCAACGAUGUUUGGGAUAAGCCCGAGGGCGGCAUGCACGAGUACCUCCACCGCUUCCUCAGCUCGGCCGACGCGACAUUCCAGCACAUCGCAGUAUGGACCAUAGUACAGCUGCUCGAGUCUGGAGACCCCCAACUCAUCACAAACAUCCGCUCUUCGUCCUUACUUCUCCCCAACGUUCGCGAGCUCGCACAAAGCCGCAGCGCUACGCCGGCUUCCUCCAUUGGUGGCACACCACACAGCGCGCGUUCGAACUCCAGGAGUUACCAGGACACGGAUGGUGGAGAGGGCCAAGGAGAGAUCCAACUGUUGGCGAGGAAGAUCCUGGAUUUUGCUGAGGGUGGUGAGGAGUUGGGGUACAAUGUCGGCGUGAGCGGCAGUCUGAUCAGGCCGGGAUCGUCUGUUGGACGGGAUAGCUCGGUCAGUGGACGGGACCACGAUGAGUUGAGGCGAAGCGUUCGCGAUGCGUUCACCGGCAGCUCGCACGGGCACGGAUACUAG